CGUGGCCUGUGCUUGCAUUCCGUGUCCGACUUUCGAUCCAUCAUGUUGCGUCUGAGCACGCUGCUGGUCGUCGCCGCGGUCCUGAUCUUGGGAUCCGUCUCCGCCGAAGUGAUCAACUUCCAAACGUGUCCGGACAGCGUGGACAGCUGUACAAUCCAGCAGGUGAGGGUGAUGCCGUGUCCCGAGGCCAAGCAAAACUUAGCUUGCAACGUUCGCCGGAGACGAAGCACUAAGAUGAGCUUCGAUUUCACUCCCAAUUUCGAUGCUGACCGAGUGGAGGCCACUUUGGGAUGGGCCAAAUCUGAGACGGAGGAACUGCCCCUUCUCACGAUGGAUCGAGACGCCUGCAAGUACACCACUUGCCCCUUGAGAUCCGGAGUGACGCAGACCUACACCACUGAAGUGCCCAUCGAGGCAAAGUUUCCACUGAGUGCUUAUACCAUCCGUUGGUCCUUCAAGGAUCCCGUUAGCGGAAAACGCUGCUGCUUCACCAACGACAUUAAGGUGGUGCGCUAAAACGAUACUGAAAAAUACGCAGGCCCUGAAAGGCCUCCUCUGAACCAUAUCCAAAAACUCCUAGAAAAAAAUCUUCUUGUGUUUAUCCAAGUUAUGACACAAUAAACACAACAAAUACUUUAAAAUAGAUUUCGUCUUUUUUUCCACUUUUAUACUAAUUUUGUAAGCCAAGUCCAUAUUAAUUUUAAACUACAAAUACAAUGUCACAAAUUUUCUAUAACUCAAGGAAAAAGAAAUGGCGAAACAUAUUUUUAAAGAAAAAAAAUUGUAUAUUGUUCAUUGAAAAAUAUUGUUAUAUGACUUAUAAUUUGUUUCUUUUAAAAAUUAUACAAAAUUAAAUUUAAAAACAAAAUUCGUGUAUUAUCUACUUCUGAUUACAGUGUUUCUCUGUUCUCGCACUGAGCUCCAGAUUGUGGUGAAUAAAUUUAUUUUCUGUUAACGA